ACGGGCUCAAAAAGACGCCAUUGGAGGAUCCUGAUGAGGUGGAGGUCAUGUGACUGGAGGGAGGGAGGAGGAGCCUGUAUUUACCUUUACCUGCCGUCGGCCCUUCACACUCUGGGAUGCUUUCCUCAGCGUGGGACUAGAAGUAGCUCGGAGAUGUUCGGCCCGGGCCAGCUGGUCUCCGCUCUCCUGCCCGCGGUCUUCCGAUCGUCCCAGUUUUUCCCCGCCUUCCCGCCCCGGCCCCCCUUCCUGAUCCCGGGGCCCUUCAUCAGCUAUGAGGCCCUGAGGGCUUACCUGCAGCCCGAGCCCUGCAAGGAGGUGCUGCUCCUGGCCUCGCAGGCCAUGGUCAACAUGGGUCAGCUGGCCGAGGGCAUGGACGAGCAGCGGCCGGUGAAGCAGCGUCGCGCCCGCGCCAACUACAGCAGCUGGCAGCUGGAGGAGCUGGAGAAGGCCUUCCAGACCUCGCACUACCCGGAUGUCUUCAUGAGGGAGGCCCUGGCCCUCAGACUGGACCUCAUCGAGGCCAGAGUGCAGGUUUGGUUCCAGAACCGCCGCGCCAAGAUGAGGCGCCAGCUGAAGCUCCAGGGUCAGUGUGUGGACCUUCACCCCAAGGGAGAAGACGCCGACACGCCGGAAAAAUCCGCCAGGGGUUCGAAACACCACGCGGCUUCCGACGGCGAGCGCUGGCCCGGAGGACAGGAAGACGACGACGACGACAACGACGACGACGUCUACCCGUGGACAAAAGCCGCCGUCGUCGUGGAAGCGACGGGUCGGAGGUCGGAGAAGCGGGCGGGGCUCAGCUCGGAGCAGCUGCGCUCGUGCAGCAUCGCCAAGCUGAGGGCCAAAGCCCGGGAGCACGAGGCCGUGAUCCACGGCGCCGCCAACGCCGAUGACUGAUGCGUUUCCUGCUUCCUGUUUGCUGCACCAUCAAGACUCUUAAACGCGUUUGUAUGGACUUCCUGGACACUACAUUAGGCACACCUGGCUCUAAACAGCCCGUUAUUAUUUCUGUACAGGCACAAAUAACGACUCUACUUUAAAUGCUGGCAGGGAAAUGUUCAAUUCACUUUGACGGCGUGUGACUUUUUUAUUCCGACCGCAGGCUCACGUGAGGAGCGAGGCGGGUGGCGUUCGUGUGGCCGCGACCUUGACCUGCCGGCUUCCUGAGAAUAAACAAAGGGAAU